AUGCUUGUCUUGAAUGACUUGGUGUAUGCAGAUGAGCUGGAGGAAGAUGAGGAAGAAUCUGACAUGGAACUGGAGCGACAAAAUAUUGAAGAGCUUUAUGACUUUGUAAGGCACACCCAUCAGCAGGAUAUCCAGUUACUGAGACAGGAUGUGCAACACCUUGCAUUAAUUCCUAUUCUGAGGCCGUACCAAAGUGAAGCUGUGAACUGGAUGCUUCAUCGAGAGAACCUCACAAGCACUUCAAGCAGUGAAAAUGCACUGCAUUUCUUAUGGCGGGAGGUCACCACUCUGAAUGGACUAAAAAUCUACUAUAAUCCUUUUACUGGCUGUAUUAUCCGUGAAUAUCCAAUUGCUGGACCCCAGUGGCCUGGAGGUAUUUUGGCAGAUGAGAUGGGUCUUGGAAAAACGGUAGAAGUGUUGGCUCUUAUUCUGAAUCAUACCCGACCAGACAUUAAACAAGAUGAUCUGACAUUGCCUGAGGGUAAGCUCGUGAACUUCUUUGUUCCACCUCAACCUUUAGAAGGAAAUAAAAAGAAGAAAACUAAGGAAAUGGAGCUUAAAUUGAAGGAAAAAAUACAAUAUCCCAGCUUACGAGUGAUGAUAUUAGCAGCUGUGAAGGAAAUGAAUGUGAAGAAAGGAGCAUCCAUUAUUGCAAUAUUUAAGUACAUCAGUGCUAUGUAUAGGUAUGACAUACAGAGAAAUAGGCGGCUUCUCAAAAGAACUCUAGAAAAACUAAUUGCAGAAAAAGUAGUAGAACAAGUCAAAGGACAUGGUCUGUCUGGGUCUUUCAAGCUGGGGAAGAAUUACAAGGAACAGAAGAGGCGAGAGAGAACCAAAGAGCAGAUAGCAAGGACUUCAGAAAGCAUUCAAAAGAAGCAGCUGAUGGAUGCUAAAACUCAAACCAAAGAAUCAAGAAGUAGUGAUGUCACUUCUGAAAGUGUCCUUAAAACUCCUUUACGGGCGGAUAUCACCAUGGAAGAGCAUGAUUAUUGUACAACCAGCAAAAAUAACAGGAAAUCUGAAGAUCAUGAGAACUCUGUCAAAGAGAAUAAUCAGGAAGCCAUGAUCCCAAAGUCUCCUGAUUUGCAUGGCAGCCUCCAUGUCUCCAGUGAUGUGAGCAGUCAUCCUGACUUUGAUGUUUCUAAAUCUACAGCUGAUGUCCAGCAGGAAGUCCUGAAGGAUGAGCCCUCACAGUCCCAAGAACGUACUGGCAGUAGCUUACAACAUACCAGUUCUGUAUUUCCAUUUAAUACCUCUGAAUAUCGUUUUGAGUGCAUCUGUGGUGAGCUUGGGUUGGCUGACUAUAAAGCUCGUGUGCAGUGCCUGAAAUGUUACUUAUGGCAGCAUGCAGAAUGUGUAAACUACAAAGAGGAAAACCUGAAGAUCAAGCCCUUUUACUGUCCCCAUUGUCUUGUGGCAAUGAAACCAGUUUCCACAGGAGCAACUCUGAUAAUUUCUCCAAGUUCUAUUUGUCAUCAGUGGGUAGAUGAGAUCAACAGGCAUGUAAGAUCAUCUUCUCUUCGAGUUCUGGUGUAUCAAGGUGUGAAGAAGCAUGGCUUUUUGCAGCCACACAUGCUGGCAGAGCAGGAGGUGGUUAUCACCACGUAUGAUGUCCUCCGCACUGAACUGAACUAUGUAGAUAUACCCCACAGUAACAGCAAAGAUGGGCGCCGUUUCAGGAACCAGAAGCGAUACAUGGCUAUUCCAAGCCCCUUAGUAGCAGUGGAGUGGUGGAGGAUCUGCCUUGAUGAAGCACAAAUGGUUGAAUGCACUACUGCAAAGGCUGCUGAAAUGGCACUGCGUUUAAGUGGAAUCAAUCGCUGGUGUGUCAGUGGCACUCCUGUGCAGCGAGGAUUAGAAGAUCUGUAUGGAUUAGUCCUUUUUCUUGGAGUUGAUCCUUACUGGGUCAAACAUUGGUGGGACCAACUUUUAUAUCAACCUUACUGUAGGAAAAAUCCCCGGCCCCUCUACAGUCUCAUUGCCAAAAUAAUGUGGAGAUCAGCAAAGAAGGAUGUGCUUGACCAAAUUCAAAUUCCCCCUCAGACAGAAAAUGUCCACUGGCUUCACUUCUCUCCUGUGGAGAGACACUUCUAUCAUCGCCAGCAUGAGGUGUGCUGCCAGGAUGCGUUGGCAAAACUCAGGAAGAUUUCAGACUGGACUCUGAAGCUUAGUAGUUUAGAUAGAAGGACUGUGACUUCUAUUCUGUAUCCUUUGCUGCGGCUGAGGCAGGCCUGCUGUCAUCCACAAGCUGUUCGGGGAGAGUUCUUGCCAUUACAGAAAAGCACCAUGACCAUGGAGGAACUCCUAACAUCUCUGCAGAAGAAAUGUCGAACAGAGUGUGAGGAAGCUCACCGACAGUUGGUGUGUGCUCUUAAUGGCUUAGCUGGUAUUCAUAUCAUUAAAGGAGAAUAUGCAUUGGCUGCAGAACUGUACAGAGAAGUGUUAAGAUCAUCUGAAGAGCACAAAGAAAAGCUCAAAACAGAUUCCUUGCAAAGACUUCAUUCUACACACAAUUUGGUGGAAUUGUUGGCAAAGCACCCAGGAAUUCCCCCAACUUUGCGUGAUAGCCGACUUGCAGAAGAGGCAGAACAACUUCGACAGCAUUAUAUGAGUAAAUCCAAUGCAGAAGUUGCAGAAGCCCAUCAGGCCUUACAGCCAGUUCUUCAGACCAUUCGGGAGCUCCAGAGAAAGAUACAUUCAGGUUCUCCUUGGUGGUUGGAUGUCAUCCAGACAGCAAUACAGUAUGCCAUCGAUGAGGAGCUUGUUCAACGUGUGCAAAACGAAAUAACCUGCAACUACAAACAGCAGAUUAAUAAACUCUCCAUGGCAGAGAAAUUCCGUGACUGCAGAGGGCUUCAAUACCUGCUCACAACCCAGCUGGAUGAAGUGAAGAAGUUCCAGAAGACUGUGAGAGAAGCAGUGAAAAACUUAGAAGGCCCUCCCUCUAAGCAGGUUAUUGAGGCUGCCACUAUCUGCCAUUUGCGACCUGUUAGACUUCCACUCAACAACUGUGUCUUUUGUAAGGCUGAUGAGUUGUUCACAGAAUACGAGUCAAAGCUCUUUUCUCAUACCGUUAAAGGCCAAAUGGCAAUAUUUGAGGAGAUGAUAGAAGAUGAAGAAGGGCUUGUUGAUGAUCGUUUGCCCACCACAAGUAGAGGACUCUGGGCAACCAGUGAAACUGAACGUGCCUUGAAAGCUAUUCUCUCCUUUGCCAAAGCUCACCGUAUGGAUGUUAAGCUCACUGAAGAAGGCAGCGCAUUUCUGGAACUCUAUGAAGCGUGGAAAAAGGAAUAUAAGUUACUUCAUGAAUAUUGGAUGGUACUGAGGGAUCACGUGUCAGCUAUUGAUGAACUGGCAAUGGCUACAGAACGGCUGAGAGUGCGUCAUCCUGAUGAGCCAAAGCCAAAUCCACCGGUUCUCUACAUCAUUGAACCGCAUGAGGUAGAACAGAAUCGAGUGAAACUUUUGAAUGACAAAGCAGUUGCCAAAUCACAGCUUCAGAAGAAAUUAGGACAACUUCUGUAUCUCACUAACCUGGAGAAAUCUCAGGAUAAAACUACUGGUGGUGUUAACCCGGAACCAUGUCCAAUCUGUGCGCGUCAACUGGGAAAACAGUGGGCAGUGCUGACGUGUGGACAUUGCUUUUGUAAUGAGUGUAUAGCUAUCAUCAUAGAACAGUACAGUGUUGGCACUCGCCGGAGCUCGAUUAAAUGUGCCAUUUGCAGGCAGACGACAUCUCAUAAAGAAAUAUCGUACGUCUUCACUGCAGAAACUGCAAAUCAGGAGGAUGAUAUCCCUGUAAAG